AUGGUCCACAUCAAUGACAAGAAGUUUGCCUGCGAGUCCUGCAUCAAGGGACAUCGAUCCUCUUCUUGUCAUCACUCUGAACGACCGUUAUUUGAAGUAAAGAAGAAAGGCCGACCGGUAUCGCAGUGUAAAACAUGCCGCGAACUGCGGAACUCAAAGCGAGUCCACUCAAAGUGCACCUGUCACCCCAGGGAGUGUCUCGCAGCGAAACGCUUCAUGCCCACGGUACCUACACUACCGAAUGGAAUAUCAGAUGCCUUGUCAGCCUCGUCUUCCUCGCAGCCUGCGAAUACAAGACAGACAGGUAAUGAUAAACAUCCACAAACUUGCUUGCACACGAUGACUUACAAGGCUCUAUCAUCUCCAAACGGUCUAGCCAUGCUCGCCAACGCGGCUGCACUAAUCCGUGGGAAUAUCGUAUCGUGUCCAAUGACCCAACGCUCCGAGAAAUCUUCUGUAUCUUCGAAGCCGUGCUGUACUAAAGACGCCCAAACAGCAGUCGUUCCCUCAGUCCGUUCUGACCUCCCCCCCGUCCAUAUUCACACACUCACGUCGUCGCCGCCUUCGUCUUCGAUGAUAGUACCUGAGUUCCCCACAAUCCCUCCAUUCAGCGCUUUUAACUCAAUCGCUGGGUCUGGGUGCACAUGCGGACUUCGGUGCGCUUGUCCAGGUUGCGUGGAGCAUCGUGGGCCUAUCCAUGCUUUGAAGGAGCACAAAGAUUGUGCUGAAGGGUGUACCCACUGCGUCGACCACUCAGCAGGCGUUGAGCUUCCAACUUUAGGGCAAGGUGCUAGUGGAAACAGCAUGAUCGACCAAUUUUUCGCGCGGGCCGCGUCCUUACCCAUUCCUCCUGUGAAUCGUAAAGUUGGGGUUGAGAUCGAUCCAACGGACAUUACAGUCUAUCCUGCCGACCUUUUUUCAAAGUCAAUCAAAGAAUACGAGGACCGAAGUGCAGUAUUCGGACUAGUGACCGUGCCGAAGCUUGCGUGUUGUGGAGGGCGGUGUGGUUGUCCAUCCGACGGCUGUGGAUGUGGACAAUCUUGUGAAGGUUGUCUUGAUGUCGAACAAGUUCACAACCGGUCAGAGUCUGUUAGCUAA